GUUUCUAGUAAUUUAAAAUCAUUCCAAUGAUUAAGGCAAUAUUAGUCUUCAAUAAUCAUGGAAAACCAAGAAUGAUAAAGUUUUUUACGCACUAUAAAGAAGAUGUGCAGCAACAGAUCAUUCGUGAAUCAUUUCACCUAGUGUCAAGAAGAGACGAUGCAGUCUGCAAUUUUUUAGAAGGAGGAACUGCUCUUGGUGGUUCUGAUUCUCGUUUAAUAUACAGACAUUAUGCUACCUUGUACUUUGUUUUUUGUGUUGAUUCCUCUGAAAGUGAGUUGGGAAUACUGGAUCUCAUACAGGUUUUUGUUGAAACCCUAGAUCGUUGUUUUGAAAAUGUUUGUGAGUUGGACUUAAUUUUUCAUGUUGAUAAGGUCCAAUAUAUUUUGCAAGAAAUUGUUAUGGGUGGAAUGGUAUUAGAAACAAACAUGACUGAAAUAUUAAGUCAUAUUGAGGCACAAAACAAGUUAGAAAAACAAGAAGCUGGUUUAUCAGGUGGUACCACAAAAGCGUUUAAUGCUGUUAAGAAUAUGAGCCCUAAUCUGCCGAAAAAUAUUAAUCUACCAAAUAUUUCGUUACCUCAUCUCUCAUUUAAUAGAUAGUUUAUGUUUUAUAUUUUAUUUUGUUUUUUUUAAAGAUUUCCUGUGCAGUUUGGUUUCUUGAAGAAAUAGUUUUUAUAAAUUUUUACUUUGAAAAAAUUAAUACUCAUUA